AUGGCCCCCAAUCAGACCCCUCCUGCGGACACUGGCUUCGGAAACGAGAAGGCUGCGAUGCCCGAGCCUUCGCUUCCUGCGCCCGUUCAAGCAGACGCUGAGACGGCCAAGUUCAAUCGUCGCCGCAAGGUCCGGCGUAUCGCACACUUCUUCAUCAUCUUCUCGGGCCUUUGGUUUGUCUUCAGGCACUUCUCUCGCGGCAGCUCCGACCAUAAGAAGGUUGAAUUUGGACGCCAUGGAUGCGGGCGGUCUGCAAUUGAGUUCCCAACGCUCAUCACGGGCGCCUCCAGCUGGUCUGAUGACGGAGCGGCUGCCCAGUGCGUCGACCGUCCCCAGGCUUGGAAGACCGAAGGUCCUUUCACCGGUCACGGCACCCAUGAUGUCUACUCGGCUCAAGUCGACUUCGAGUUCACAUCGUCGUCUUUCGGGAACAUCAUUGAGGCCGUCGGAGACAUCAAUCUUCAUGCGCCUGCCAACGGCAACCUCGGUAACAUCGCUUUCGUCUCGGCCUCUUCCAAUGAGACCAGCAAUUUGUCAAUCGACGUGCAUGUCACCUACUCCGACCCUGUGACCUUGAAGAUGCUUCGCGUCUGCGACGUGCGGGCCGGCGAUCAAGCUGGUGUAGUGCUUGGAGCCCUUUGGUCUCAUCGUCGCCUCUCCGCGGACCCCAUGUUCGGCAUCGGAAUACGUGUCACCGUCCCUCAAGAGGGCUUGAGCUCAGAACUCAAGACGAAGCUGCCGGGCUUCCUUCACGAUGUGUACCCAGGCGUCAAUCUUGGCUCGCUUGACAUCGUCACGGACCGGCCCGUACACUUCCAGUCUGGUAGCGCUGUAGGAGAUGUAUCCGUGCAGACUGCCAACAGCCCCAUCACGGGUUUCUUCAACGUCAGCUCCAACUUGAAGCUUGUGACGAGCAAUGCUCCGAUCGACGUCGAUGUCGAGGCAUACCACACAAGCCACCACUGGCCGUCGACUCUUCGUUUGGCUACUUCCAAUGCUAACUUGAACGCGACUCUCGCCCUGAAGAACACCACGCAGAUUGGUAUCUUCCGCGUCUUCGCCCAGACCUACAACUCGCCCGUCAACGUCACGCUCGCCGAGAGCCCGAUUAACGGCUAUGUGCGCGUGGAGGCCAAGACGAAGAACGCUCCGGCCCUCUUAGGGCUCGAUUCAGCCUUUGAAGGCCGGUUCGCGGCGCACACCACCAACGCCGAUGCCAACAUCGAGCUCAAGGAAGGUGUUGAAGACCCUAUUGGAGAGGGUCGCGAGCGCUUCGUCGAGAAGAGCUAUGUCACCCCUAGGACCCAGGGAGGCUCGGUCGCUUGGGGUAAGCCUCUGAGCGGCCAUCACAGCAGCAUCGCCGCCGUGGCGACGACCAAUGAUCCUGCUGUCAUCGUGCUUUGA